AUGGUCAAGUCACGGUUUGCUUAUAUGUCUGAGUCCAAUUCCAAGUUUUGUCCAAGUCCAAAUGUCCAAAUUCUGUCCAAGUACUGUUCUAGUACUAGUCCUAUCACACAAAUAUAUACAGCCAAGUACACAAGUACACAAUUAGAAAAUAGAGGCGCAUUUCUAUCCAAGUCCAAAAUCUGGGCUGUACCUCCAAGUCUCAAGGCCAAGUCGAUUUCCAAGAAGGGGUCCAAUGCAAAAUUCCAAAAGCAAGUUCCAAAAGAAAAACCAAAAACCAAAAACCAAAAACCAAAUCCGAGGCCUAUACUAAGUCCUCCUUUCCAAAAGGAUCAAAUGAAAUCCGAACUUGAGGCAUAUACUAAGUCCUCCACUCCAAAAGGAUCAAAUCCAAAAACCGAGGCGUAG